AUGACCAGAGAGCAUGCUAAAGAGUCCCUAAUGGGUACCUCUCUCAAAAACCCAACUUACCCUAGCAAUUGUCUCGCAUUUUUGAAUGAAAUGCCAAUCGAAUAUUCGAAUACUACGUGUCGGGUACCACUAAAUAUCGUCGUUGUUGGCGCCGGGCUCGGCGGACUCGCAACAGCCAUUGCGCUAGCAAGCUCAGGACAUAGCGUCACUGUUUAUGAACAAGCACCUGCCCUCGGAGAGGUCGGUGCGGGAAUCCAAAUUCCCUCCAACUCCACCCGACUCCUAAGCAGACUCGGACUCGAUCCAUACCUCGAAAAAUACGUAACAGAGCCCGAGAUUAUUUCAUUUCGCCGCUGGGAAUCUGGGGGUGUUAUUGGUCUCACUCGCCUCAUGCCUGAUUUUCGAAAUGUCUUCCAUGCCCCGUACUAUGUGAUUCAUCGAGCCGACUUCCACACAGCUUUACACCGACGCGCAUUGGACCUGGGCGUGAGAAUCAAACUUGCUUCUCGAGUGACCGAGUACAAUACUCAGGGCCCGAGUAUAUUUCUCGAGGAUGGCACCACUGUUUCGGCCGAUUUGAUCGUGGCUGCUGAUGGAGUCAAGUCCGUCGCACGGAAACUAGUAGAUAAACCAGGCCAAAAUCCCUUCGAACAAACUGGGUUUGCAGCUUAUCGAGCUACCGUGGAUGUUGCAAAGAUGAAGGCGGAUCCUGAAAUAUCCUGGCUGUUGGAACGUCCCUCACUCAACAUCUGGAUCGGUGAUCAAAGGCAUGUUAUGACAUAUACAAUUGGAGCAGGCAAAUCGUUCAACAUGGUACUUUCUCAUCCAGAUACCACUGAUCCCGCGACCUGGGAUCGGUCCGACGCACUGAGUGACAUGAAACGAGAAUUCCAAGGGUGGGACAAAAGGCUUGAGAAAAUCAUUGGAAUGAUCGAAGGCACCAUAAAAUGGCCCCUUGUAAGCGGAAUCCCGCUCACCCGUUGGGCAAGCGGUGCCGCGAUGGCUGUCGAAGAUGGCGUGGCAUUGGCAUGUUCCCUAACCAAGAUAGACUCGAAGGCAGAUAUACCUCAGGCGCUGAAUAUCUUUGAACAAGUUCGGAUUGAUCGAACAAGCAAAAUGCAAGAAGCAAGUCUGUUGAACGGAAAGUUAUGGCAUUUUCCAGAUGGGCCGCUUCAGCGUGCUAGAGAUGCGGCUAUGCAACCCGAGAUACGGGGUGAACCUUUUAGCCAUAGUCCGAAUCAGUGGAGUGAUCCCGCGACAAAGAUGUGGACGUAUCAAUAUGAUGCGGAGGCAGAGAUUGAAAGAGCCUGGGGAAGGAGUGGAAUGUGA